AUGGCCCAGCGGGUAUUCACCUCAGAGCUAGGGAGGCUCACACACGAGACCUGGACACAGACGUCCGUGGCAGCCCUGUCCACGUCUCCCGCCUGGAAUCGGCCCAGCAGCCGCCCUCGGGAGAAGGAAACUCAGUCCGGCCUGCGGGGCCUGGAGGAGGAGGAAGCUGCCCGCUCACGCUUUGGGGCAGCUGAGGUCCACCUGCAAGACCCGGGAGGGGUGGAGGCCCCGGCAGAGGGGACGCUGGGCACGGGGACCCCGGUCCCUGCUCGGCCCCACGAGGGGGCUGUGGCGCUCCACUCUCCUCCCGGGGGCGCCCUGAGACCCAGAGCCCCGCGCUGGCUUCUCCGGGGCCUCCUGCGCGGCCUGGUGCUGGGACCCAGGCCCAGGCUGCUGGAGCCUUCUCCAUGCGCAGCGCCCCUUCCGCGCGGGGCGUCCGGGACGGACUCCUGGCUGCGGCCGACCUCCUACCGUCCAGGUGCUCGGGCCGAUGGCUCCGAAUCACCCCCGGGUCCCGCGCCCAGAGCCCCCAGCCGACCCCCCAGCGGGCCACCCCGUGUGUCCUCCGCACCCGCCCGCUACCACGUCCCCCUAAAUCGUGGGUCUGCGUUCUGCUUCCAGCGACGCGGAGCGGCGGCAACGGGGCACGUGGAGAGGGAAACGAGCCGACGAGCCAGGGAAGAGACGAACGGCCAUCUGAAGGGACAGGACAGGGGACAGGAGAGGGACCACGAGACGGCAGAACGGGACACAGCUGACACCGGAAGAAGCAGCCCCGGAUCGCCGCGAGAAUUUCAGAGACUAGGGCCAUCGGCCCCAAACAGGGAUUCUGCCGAGAACACCCACCUGCGCGUCCGUGUGCGGCCCUGCGCAGCCUGUCCCCACCGCGCAGGCCCCCCUGCUACACGCUUCGCCCCACCCCCGCACUGUGGCCCCUCCUUCCUUGCACAAUAAAGGAUAUUCCUUCUAGA